AAUGAGUCAGCAGUGAUGAUCAUCUGGAAGGAGCCGAGCCUUCCCAACGGCAUCAUUCUCGGCUACAGGGUUACCUUGGUGAACCGGCAGCUAAAGUCUACCGAGAAUAACAUCUCGAUUGAAGUUCCCGCGGACGGCAGGCAGGCGCAGUUCAUCGACCUCACCCCCGGAACCGGCUACGUUGCUCAAGUGGAAGCAAGGACAGCGGCAGGAUACGGCAAACCGUUGGAAAUUACCGUCCAUACAAGACCUCGCCUACCGGUCAUUGUGACGAAGGUUGAACUGAGGACUGUGGACGAGACCGCCAUUACGUUGCAACUGUCACGAGCCAACGAUGAGCCGGACGACAUUAAGGCGUACUACGUGCUGGUGCAACGACACGACCAGGCGAGGAAUCGCUCGAGACGCUCCACGGAUGGCUCGAAGAGCGGCGAUAGCGGAGGCGGCGGCCUUCACGAGUGGACGGAAGGCACUCCGGACUACAACGAGUCCGUGGCCGCGAACCUGUCGUUCUACAUGGCAGCCAAGAUGGCGCCCGAUGAGCUGCGAAGUAGGGGCGACUUCACGGUGGGCGACGGCCUCUACUACGGCGGAUACUACAACGCGCCCCUGGUCCCUGAGUCCACCUACAGCGUCGGGCUGGCAGCCGAGGUCGACUUCGAAGGCGAUAGCAGAAUUUCUUACAGACUACUGUCUGAACCAGUCACUGUCCGAAAACAGGAACCAGUAGGCCGUGGGUCUACGCCGAUUGCAGUCAUUGUCAUCGUCGUGAUCCUCAUGGUAGUGCUCAUCGUUGCCGCCUGGAAAUGGCGAAAGAAAAUUAUAGGGAGAUUGCCGCGAACGUUCCCUCACAAGCCUGCAACACCAGCAAGUGACGCGGCAAGCCUGUCAAUUGUUGAAGAGAGCGACGGGCUGGAAUUCGAGAUGGAAGAAAUCGGCAACGGCAACGGAACCGAGACCAGCUCCAAGCCGCUGCCCGUGCCCGAUCUUCAGGACUACGUUCAGCGCAUGCUAGCGUGCGAUGGCCUCAAAUCAGAGUUUAUCCGCCAGCCCAAGGGCCGCCAGUACCCAACGAUAGAGGCACAGAGGACCGAGAACAAGGUCAAGAACCGCUACGGCAAUUUACUGGCUUAUGACCACAGCCGCGUGAGGCUGAAGCCGAUACCUGGCGUACCCUUCUCAGACUAUAUCAAUGCCAGCUACAUUGACGGCUACUGCCGGCCGAAGCGGUACAUCGCCACUCAAGGCCCAAAGCCGCACACCGUAGAAGACUUUUGGCGCAUGGUGUGGCAGGAGAAUGUGUGCAAGGUUGUCAUGCUCACUGGCCUCGUCGAAAACGGCAAGACCAAGUGUGAAAAGUACUGGCCGGAGAAAACAGCCACCUACGGAGACGUGCAAGUACACUUCAUCACCGAGGAGACGUUCCCCGAGUACACCAUCCACCAGUUGCACAUCACGCUCGCCGACACCACCCGCGAGGUGAAGCACUUCCACCUGACGUCGUGGCCCGAUCACGGAGUGCCCCUCUACCCUAACGCACUGCUGACCUUCCGGAAGAAGGUCAACCAGUACCGGACGUUCAACGAGGCGCCAGUGGUGGUACAUUGCAGUGCCGGCGUGGGCCGCACUGGCGCGUACAUCCUGCUGGAAAACCUGAUCGAGCAAGCGCAAUCCGAGGGCGUGGUGGACGUUAUCGGCCAACUGGCAGCGAUGCGCCACAACCGGAUGAACGUAGUCGAGACGCUGGAGCAGUACAACUUCGUCCAUCGAGCGUUGAUGGAGAGCGUGUGCAUCCGGGACCACAGCGUUCCCUGCAGCAAGAUAUCCGACCGUUACCGGGAGCUACUAGUAGUGGACGAGUCGACGGGAAAGAACAACUUCGCAAAGGAGUUCGAGGAACUCAAGUCUCUGAAACCAUGGUUUACGCCUGCAGAUUUCACAACGGCAAACGACCCCGUAAACCUAAGAAAAAGCCGGGACACUUCAGUCCUUGCAGCGGACCGGUGUCGACCGCUGUUGAGGGACGGGACAUUUGUAAACGCUGUCUACGUGAACGGUUUUCACAAAAAAGACAAGUUCCUGGUGACGCAGACGCCGUCCAGCAGGGAUGUCGACGACUUCUGGAAAUUGGUCGUCGAGUCGGGGACAAGGACUAUCGUCACCCUGGACGUGUUUAGCGACGACGCUGAUGUGGUGCAAUUUUGGCCAACAAGCGGCUCGGCCCGGUACGGCGACCACAGGGUGGAGUGCACAGAAAACCGAAAUGCGAAUGACAUGACCGUGCGAGCCUUCAAAGUUACACCAAAGCACAAGGGUCCAGGGUUGUCUGGAGCGGUCACCGUGAGGCACUUUCACCGCAACACGUGGAAUAGCGCGGAACAAAUGGUCGACUUGGUGGACCACGUGGAACGUUGGCAGCAGCAGUCAGACGACAAGCUUAUCAUUGUACAGUGCAGGAACGGCUGCUUCGCCAGCGGACUGUUCUGCUGCAGCUUGCUCGUUUUGGAGAAGCUGAAGGACGAGCAGGAAGUGGACGUGUUCUACGCGACGAGGAUUGUUCGAGAAAACCGGCCGCAGCUCAUCCUGGACAGCGACCAGUACAAGUUCUGCUACGACGUUGCUAUGGCCUACCUCGAGUCCUUCGAGAUGUACGCGAACUUCCGCCAGUGAUAAAGUCUGUACAGACGUGUCACUAAGUAAAGGUUGUGUUUACAA